CAGGUCACUCAUCAUUGAAAACGACUCCCCUCGAAUAUGUGCCUGUAGUUUUAAGAGGCGGACCGUUUUAACAAACACACCGAAUACCUCGCUUCCGGUCCGAGGCAGAGCUAAAACACCGGCCGUACAGCUGCGUCUCAAGGAUGGUAGCAGCAGUAACGACAGGACGCCAGCUGUACGGCAAUUCCCAACCUUACGGAACUAACGAUCAUAGUUGAACACCCCUCGCCGGGCGGAACGAGAUAUCAAUAUCUUCCUUUGCACACCAAGAAGUUGAAAUGCCAGGCUCGACUAUUAAAACAUGCAUAUCUUGCAGGCAGCAAAUAGGUGUUGCCUGCAAGAUAUGCAAACUUUGUGGAGCCCGACAACCAAUGAAAAAAGCUUUACAAAAAGCAAAGGAAAAAGCCAGCAAGCAAUGGGUGGCAAAGUUAAAAAAAGGAGGUAAUACUUCCAAGUUAGUCGAUGCUGCCCGGGUUCUGGUUCACAAAUUCAAGAUGGCAGGGCUGCACCCUAUUCUUCUUUUUGGGACCAAUAAGAGGGGCUCUGUGUCCUGUGACUACCUCAAUGGCCUGGAGGUAGUCAAAGACACGGAAAACGCUUCGGUGGUAGCAGUACGCUCACUGUAUAAAAGCCUCUUGUCAGUGAUAGUUAGGAGAGAGAAGGCCAACAAUUUAACUCCGGUGGAUCCAGAGAGACCGAGGGAACUGGCUGAAUCCCCUCUUCAUCGGGUAGCCAAGGAGGAGGAAGACGAAAAAACAUUCAGCCUCUUCUUGACAGCUUGUGACCCUGCACCUACAGCUCCUGCCACAGCCCCAUCCACCUCCCAUUCGCCUCCUGGACAGAGUUACCCAUCCUCCUCUCCCAGUCUCCCACUCUUCAACUCCAAAGAGAGCUGUCAACCAAAAUACCCAGACACACAAUGCAAUGGUUUGGUGAAGGGGUUCAACUCCAACUCAACAGAACCUGGAACCUCCACCAAUCCCCAUGGAGCUGGAUCAACUAAGAGACGGUUGUGUCGAGACGAGCUGGAGGAGAGCCCCUCGAAACAUCAAGCUAAAGGACAGACUUUCACAACAACUGAAAGUUCUUCAGACCUAGAUAUGGAUUUGUUUGCCCCUUUAGAGUCAGACAUAGAUGAAAGUGCCAACUAUGUUCCAGAGCAGGAAAAUGAUUCGGAGAGUCUGCAGUUUCCUUUCCUGAUGUGCAUGUCACCUUCACAGAGUUCGGAUCUCACUCCUCCAGCGAUGGUAGUGAGCUGUCCCCAUCUGGUUAAAGAGGAAGAGGAGGAAAAGAAAGAUGAAGGGUCCAGUCCUGAUCAACACACCGCUGGACCCUCCGUCCCACAGCAAAGCUCCACUGGUUCCCCUCCCUCUGUUGACCAAUCCAAACCCCUCAGUCCUCCUGGCUCCCCUCCCUGCACCAGCUCGUCCAGUUCCAAGGCUCCACCUGAACCCAUCUGCGUCUCCUCUCCACCGCAUCCUGUGGAGCCUCCCUCGGACCUGGAGCCCAGCAUCGACUCCCAGAGCUUCUGGAAAAGCUGCAAUGCUGCAGGAUGCACACAGGCCAUUUUCACAGAUUUCAUUAAUGAGAUGAAUGAUAUUGCCGGCAGAAUUCAGUCAGACCAGGCCAGUGAGGACGAUUGCAAUCAUGCGCUGAAAGUGAUGGCGGCUUCUGGGAAGCUGGAGGAGAUUGUGGCCAAGCAGCAGACAGAGUUACAACGGAAACAGCAAGAGCUGAUGAAGGCAGCAACCACCAUGCAACAGGUCAUCUCAGCACUGAGGAGAUGAGGCCGUACUUUUUGUACUUGUAUAUAUAUUUUUUUUUUUGUUUUGUUUUGUUGAUUACCUAUUUGAGGAGAUUUUACUGUAGAGGUUUCUGGAUUAUAUUUCGGUAUUGGGUUUUAUGUAGAUCUGUGUUUUUGUGAAUAUCUCACAACCUUUGUUUGUGUUCAUUUUUCUGUAACCAGUUUGCACAGUUGAGUCCAGAUGUUUGUUCGCAUGAAGGAUGAAAGAGGAAUUUGUCUUUACUCUGGAACAAAUUUCUUCUUAAAACUGUUACAGACUUAAACUGAUAAAUGAUAUUGUUCAAAUGAAA